AUGGAAAGAACACUGAAAGUGCUAAAAACUGAAGUCUUCAAUUUUUUAGACAAAAAGAAACAAAUUGAAAAUGAAUGGAAACAAACAAACCAAGAGCAUCAAUGCCUUAAGAAUAAAAUUGAACAAAAAAAGAAAAACUUAAUAGAACAACAUGAAAAAGAAUACCAAGCUAAAAAGAAUUGGAAUCAACAAAUCCAAUCGAUAUUAAAAAAUUUUGAAGAUGCAAUGAUAUUAGCUGAAAAAACUGACCAAGAAUUAAAACAGAAAAAGGAUUCAAUCUUGAAAAUACUUCAGACAAUUAAAGACUUGAAAGAACAAACAAAAAUUCAUGACACUAUUGAUUAUAAUGAAAUUGAGCACCUAAAACAGAAAGAAUUAUUACUUACUCAAAGGAUUGAAGAGCAAAAAGAACGGUUUAAUACGUUAUGUGUUGAUUUAAAAAAUACAGAUGAAGAAUUGCAAAAUUGUCAAAAGAAGAUUGAGACAAUGCAAACACCUCAAGAAUCAAUUAUUCCAACUGAUGUACCGAAAAAAAGAGGAAGAAAGAAAAAGUAG